CUUGCAUACAGUAUAUGUCUAAGGAUGUGAUAACCCACAUCAGGUGACGUCAGCAUCCGUAAACAUGUGUGUUGACAUACAUAACAGCAAAAAUGGAACAAUAACAAAUAACUUUAAUGAUCUUAUAAAACACAAGAGAUUGUGGUGCAGUCGUCAACCAUCUUGUGGGAAGAUUUAAUAAAUCGGUCAAUUAUUGACAAUAGUGGAAAUAUAAAGGAAUAAUACAUAUAAUAAAAAGUCAAGUAUUUAACAGUUUGUAAGGUACUUGGCAUAUAAUUAUUUUUUCUUUCCGUGUGGUUGACUACCAGCAAAAAUGUGAUUGAGAUAUUUGAAUGAUGGGUUCUACACCCUUUGAUACUUAUAGAACUAUAAAACAAAGGCUAGAAGAAGAGCCAGAGCAUAUUGUAUGGACAUUGCCUCGGAAAGUUUGUAUUCUAAAGGUGACGGGGAAAUUAGGCAUCAAAGUAAAAGUAUAUGAGAGUAAAAUAUUUGAUAAGACCUAUGCAAUUGUGACAAGAGUGAAGGAAGAAUGUCGGUUGUUACAGGGACACAAUUUAGUUGAAUAUGAACGAAUUAUUUCCAUAAACAACACCAAUAUUGAGACAUAUACAGAAGACUGUGUUCUACGCCUGUUACAAACUCAUCAACUUGAUGUAGAACUUCUUGUGUGUCGUUUAGACUUGAAAAGGGACCGUGACUCAUCUGGAUCUUAUACAAGUGAAAUGUCUGGUCGACCUUCAAUAAAGAUCAAACAAGUCAAACCUGAAGAGAGUAAGGAAACAAACCAAAUCAUUUCUGCAGAUUCGUUACCGGAUUCACUUGUUCCAGGACAUUUUUUAGAUGAUAGAAAUAUUUCUGUACCCGUUAUUAAUUCUCCUAGUGAGAUGAUGUACAACCCAGAACGAUGUAACUGUAAUUCUCUAGAUACAACCAGGAAACCAAAACCAAAUAGUAACCCACAGGGUAAUACAGAAAUCUACAUAAAAUAUCCCCACUGUGUCAAGUGGUCAUCAACUAAAACAAUCACACUUGACCGAGGCAGCAAGCAGAACUUUGGAUUCAAGUACAAGAUCAAACAGUGUACUUAUAGACAAGAUGAUUGGUAUACACUUGUUGUAGAAGUGAAGGAUACGCCUGCAGAAGGCAAGCUGAUGAUUGGUGAUUACAUCAGAUCUAUAAAUGGCCAGGCUUUGGCAACACCACAUGAGGCAUUCAAUAUGAUGGAUAAACUGGAAGAUUCAAUAACAGCAAAGAUUGUUCUCCAGCGACCAGAAGAUGUUGUUCAAGACUUCAGGGGUAAAAUACAACAAGCCAAGGAUAUUUGUAGUGCAAAGCAGAUAAAUCCUGCAAUUAAUGAACCAGACAAAAGGAAACCAAUGAGACAAAAUAGUUCAACAUCACAGAAAUCUACAGGUUCAGGCAAACUGUUUCCAUGUGAACAAAAACUGAUCGCAGUUCAUCCUUCUAAACCUGAGGCAGUUAAAACUGGUUCUAAAUAUAAACAACCUGAUAGCAAUACUCUAGUGUCGGGAUUAUUUAAUGUUGUUAGACCUGGAUCUAGUUGUUCAAAUUCUAAUGAAUCCCAUAUGAACUUUUUAGAAAAUGAAAAACUUGUUGAUAACUCAGAAGUUCAUUUAAUUGUGCCAGAACCACCAGUGUUAAACAAUAACAAUCAAAUUUUAUCAGAAUUUCAAUCAAAUCGGACGGUAAAACUGCCGAAAAUUAGGAUAUUUAUAUGUGGCAAUGAGGCAAGAGCAUUAGCAAAGUUAUUGGUGCCAUCAAGUUUUCUAAAGACAGACACUAGCAGUGCUCAUUGUUUGUAUGAAUGUGUAAAAUGUACAAUGGACAUGAGUAAAGCUGGAGAUGUUAGUUUUAUGCCUUGGUCAUCGUAUGACAAUCUAUUACAGUCAGAGGAAACUACAAGGUUACAUGCUAGUAAUGAUUCCCUGGUCAAUGGGGAGAUAAACAAACAAAGAGAAGAGGAUUACUUACAUAGAGGUGUUGUCAAUACAGAAAUAUUCAUUGUGCCAGAUGAGAAACUAUUUCAAUAUGGAUGCCAUUACUUGUUUACACGGACAAGUUUAUUUUUGCUAACUUUUAAUGGUGCCAAAGUUUUGAAUUCUGCUGCAGGAGAAAUUUUACGUUUACAAAAUUUGAUUCAUACCAUAAGAUGUUGUGUUGGUUAUGAUAGCAAUAUCUUAACAUAUGGUCUCUUGAACAGUGAACAAGCUGAUUUCAAAGAUGAGGUUCAAACUUUAUUUUAUACAUCAUACGGUCAACAGAUACGCAAAUAUAGUGUGACAAUUCCAGAUUUAAUUAUAUCUGACGAAAAUUCUAAUCAAAUUCCAUCCAAAGUAUUGAAAAAGAAUGUAUGGAAAGCCGUAAGUGAAACAAUUCAGAAACAACCUGUGUCUAUUCUCUCUGUUGUUAUGAUGGCACAACUUGAAAGGCUUCGUCAAGAAGGAAAACAAAUAAUAACAGAAGAAGAAUUUACAAAAAUGUUCAAAAUGGCUGUACCUAACGGUGAACCUAGUCUACAACAUGUUGUAUGGACUACCCUGAAGGAGUUCGGGGAAUUACUCUCUCCAAAGGCAGCACCUUUAAAUCUACCCAACAACCAGCAAAUGGAGAAGUUGCUAUUUAUAGAUCCUGAGAUUAUACUGCAGCAUGUCCAAGGGUUGGUCUGUAUACCUCAAAGACAUUCAUCAAGCAGUGAUAUCACCAAACACUGGAUUAAACUGGUUGCUACUGGUAACAUAUCAAAAGAAGACCUUUUGUCAAUCAUUAGUUCUCAAUCAAUUAAUGCAGAGAAGAUAUUGAAUCUUAUGCUGGCAUUUGGCAUGAUUUUCAAACAUUUUAUUGAUCAAGAUGGCAUUGAACAGUACCUUUUCCCGUACUUUCUAUCAGAACAAGGGCAUAUAACCCAUCAGAGGACAGACAGAGACAAUGCCUGUUUGUAUUUACAGUGUGUUGAUCAAACUCAUUUGUCUAGCAUGCAGUUUUAUCAGCUUGCCUUCAAUAUCAGAAACCAGUCUGAUGGUAACAAAAUCUCAAUGACCAGUGCUAACUCAUGCACCCUACAUCACCAGGGUCAUGAGAUCACUCUGGUACAUCACAAAUUUCAGGACAGAAUGCAGAUAGUUAUUGGAAAAAGUGAAAGAAACAAGAAGUUACAUUAUAUAUACCAAUGGUUAUGUGAUGUUUGUCAUGCUGCCCUACCACCGGAAGUUAACUAUGUUUUAGGUCCAGAGUGUCCACUUCAGGAGGAUUGUGAGGUCAAAGGAUCAAUGACCAGCAUGCAUGUAGUGGACAUAUCAAGUAGGAGGUCCAUUUUAUGUAAAACAACAAGGAUUGAUAAUCACAAGGCUGUUAGAAGAUGGCUACAGGAUCAGAGUACAGAACCUAAAAUUUAUAUAAAAGAUUUGCCAUACAAUGUGUUCCAUAAACUGUUUACCUAUCUGCAGUGUGCAACAACUCUUGGUCAAGAUUGGAAAGGGUUAGGAGGGUUACUUGGACUAUCAAUAAAUGAUAUCAAUGUUUAUGAAACAAAGAAAGAUCCUGCCAUGGUCCUACUGUUGGACCAGGACCAAACCAAUAGAUUGACAGUCCAUGAAUUAAUAGAAUUAUUGGACCAUCCAGAUAUGAAAAGGAAAGAUCUCAUAGAACUCUUACAGACUUGGUUAGAUAGCCGAAAUAGACAGUGAAUAUUUUGAAUCCAACUCAUACAUCAAGAUAGACAACUCUUAUUUCACCUGAUUCUACAUUUAUAAAAAAUCAAAACCAUAUGAAGGAACCAUUGUCAUUUUACAGGGGAUUAAUUAAUAAGUUGAAUAUCAAAUUUUCAUGGAAUUCCUUGGUAAAGGUGAAUUACCUAUUUAAUUGUUCAACAAUGUACAACUAUCUAUAUGCUUGCAUGCAUACAUGUACUUUGGCAAAACCAUGAAAUCAAAUUCAUAUAUCCACAAAAGUACAAGUUUUCCUCAAUACAUAAAUAUUAGUGACCACAAAAGUAAAUGAAUCUCCACUUAUUCAAACAAAUGUUGAGUUGUAAAUUAUGUAAUGAUUUUUUUAAAAGAUUGAUAUUCAGACUAUUUUUUAUGAUUUAAAAAAAUGUAAAAUUUCAAAUGCUAUUGUAACUAAAAAGAACAAAGAUAAGAAAAAUAUAAGAUGUCUUUAGUUAAGUUAAGUUUUGAUUAAAGAAUACAGAAAGAACUUUGGACACUGAUUCCACUGGGCAUCUUUUUUGAAAGGCAUGAGAACUUGCUACCUUAUUUGCAAUUAGCCCUUUUUCAAGACUUCAUUGGCAAUUCAUCAAAACAUUUAUUGAGAUAACAUCAUUUUCUUUUGAAUAUCUCUCAUUUACCCGAAAUUAUCUGGUUUUAUUGGACUUUGUAAUAUUUGUGAAUAUUUUGAUAGUAUGCAAUUUUUAACAGCGCAUUGUAAAGUGUUAUAUUUAUUAUAUGGAAGAAAUGUUUAUAUUAUGAUUGAACCAGUAUACAUACUAUAGAUUUAUGUUAGACUCAUAUAUAAUUUGAAAUACUUGAUGUAGCAAUUCUGUAUAUUUUCCUGGUCUUUUUUAUGAUUCCUAAUUGUGAAGUAAGUACUUAAUUUUUAUAAUGAUCAAGUUACAGCAAAAUAGUAAAUUAUGAGGAUUCUUAUAAUUUUAUUUCUUUGUUU